GACAUAUUUUUUCACCAACAUAUUUAAAGCUAUGAUUAAAUUUCACUCGCCAAGUUUCGCAAACCUUUGUGCUAUAAAUAUCAAUCACCCCACAACCAUUCAACACUCUACCAACCUUUUCUUCUUCUCUUCUCUUAAUCACUCUCCUAAUUAAUUACUCAUUAAUCACUUUGUCUUCUUAUAUAGUUAAUAUCCAAUUUUAAAGUCAAAGAACCCUUUUCCUUGGUCAGAGUCUUUGACCCGCAGCAAUUAGCUCUUACACCAUACUACUCUUCCUUAUUGUAAAAUUUUCACCUUAAUUUUGUGUUUUUUUUCUUCUUAACGAGUUAAAUAUAUUUUCAAAAAAGGAAUUUUAGACAAUUCGGGUUGAUUUUUUUUUGUAAUCAUACGAUCUCUUUCAGACAAUGAUCUUGUCACAAAAAGGAUGCAAUCAAAGUGAGUUGCAACUUAUUUUCAAGAACAAAUUGAGUAUCGAACAAAGUUCAUAUUUUUGUGUUUUUCAAAUAGUCAAUAGAUUUAGUUUCGGUACUUAGUUAACUAUUUGCUCUCGAAAAUUCUCGUGUUGCAAGCAACAAGUGUGGAUUAAUUACGCAAAUGGGAAGUUCAUGUUUGCCUCCAGGAUUUAGAUUUCAUCCAACUGAUGAAGAGCUCAUAGGCUACUACUUGAGUAGAAAAGUAGAAGGUCUUGAGAUUGAGCUUGAAGUCAUUCCUGUUAUCGACUUAUACAAAUUUGAUCCUUGUGAGUUGCCAGAUAAAUCUUUCCUUCCGAACAGAGAUUUGGAAUGGUUCUUUUUUUGUCCAAGAGACAAAAAGUAUGCAAACGGUUCUCGAACCAAUAGGGCUACAAAAGCAGGUUAUUGGAAAGCAACCGGUAAAGACCGGAAAAUCACUUGUAAAUCGUCGCAUGUUAUAACUGGAUACCGGAAAACCUUAGUUUUCUAUGAAGGCCGUGCCCCAUUAGGCGACAGGACUAAUUGGUUUAUGCAUGAAUAUCGUCUAUGCGAUGAUGAUCAUUCACAAAAAUCACCAAAUGUCAAGGGAGCUUUCGUGUUAUGUCGCGUAGUUAAGAAGAAUGAACUGAAGACCAAUUUGAAAAGUUUGAAAAAUAAAAACGAACAAGACAUUGGUUCUGGUUACUCUAGCCUCACGAACUCUCCUUGUCGCGACGAAACGUCGCAGUUUCAAUCGUUCAAGCCUUCUUCUACUGAAAACGACUCCUCUAGCAUUUGGAUUUCUCCUGAUUUCAUCCUUGAUUCUUCAAAGGAUUAUCCUCAGAUUCAGGAGGUUGCUUCCGAAUAUUUUCCCAACUACAAUUUUCCGGUCACCACGGCAAACCACCAUGUGGAAUUUCCGGCGAGUUCUUCUUAUUUUAACGUGGACCAUGACAUUGAUCAAUCGAUGCAAACCGGUUAUUGGACAAAUUAUGAAAAUGACCAAACCGGUUCUUUUGAUUACGCAAACCUUUUUUAGCUACAAGCCUACAAGAAAUGUUGGUUCUAUGUUGGUUCUUUCUUAAGACAAUAACGCCUUUUAACGUUGGUGUCUUGGAACAUGGUAGAAGAAGAGUUGUGAACGUCUAUCAUUUUAUUUUGAGAAUUUAAUUAUCUUAGUUUUGGUUUUCAUUUUAAAUUUUACUAAGUAUAUUGUUUGCUAGUACUAUAAGGAAUGAGUAUUAUAAAUUCCUUAUUUAUAUUUUUAAUAGGAUUAUUUGCGUUAUUAUAGAGUCUUAUUUUAACUUUUGGAUGCCUUUGAUAUAUGAUAUA